CGCACGGAGCGGCGCCUGAGCCGCCCUGCUUCCUGGAGCAGUGCUCCUUUGACCCCAGUGGCAGUCCCUGUCACUGCACCGCUCGCGCUCCCUCCGGCUCGCCGCGCCCUCGCUCCCGCUCCUCGCCCCCUUCCCUCGCUCGCUCUCUCUCCCCAGAUCGAGGCUGCUCCGGGCCUCCCCCCAUUGCGCCCCGUCGCCCCCCAUUUCUCCCCUCUCGCCCCCCGCCCCUGCCCAGCCGCCAGACCUCCAGGGUCGAAGGUGCUGGCCCGCCCGCGCCCCUCGCCGCCCCUCUGCGCGCCUCCUGCCAGCUCGGGCCGCUUUGGAGAUGGAUCUCGGGUUCUCCGGGCGCUGAAGGCAUCCCCGAAAAACCGGAGCGCAGCCGGGGCAAGACACACACAGCGGUAUUGAUGAGUAGAUCGUUGAGUUCAGAGGCUGGCUGAAACGCACCAUGCCUGCUUCCAUUCUUUGCUCUGGAAAGUGGUGAAUGGCUCAUGCUUAGAUAAGGAAGGAAGGAUGGCACAUGGGAUCCCUUCUCAAGGCAAAGUGACCAUAACCGUGGAUGAGUACAGCUCAAACCCCACCCAGGCCUUCACGCACUACAACAUCAAUCAGAGCAGAUUCCAGCCGCCACAUGUACAUAUGGUCGACCCCAUCCCAUAUGACACUCCAAAACCAGCGGGCCACACGCGGUUUGUCUGCAUCUCAGACACACACUCCAGAACAGAUGGUAUCCAGAUGCCUUAUGGGGACAUCCUUCUCCACACAGGCGAUUUCACCGAGCUGGGACUGCCCUCAGAGGUUAAGAAGUUUAAUGACUGGUUAGGAAACCUGCCAUAUGAAUACAAAAUAGUGAUUGCUGGGAAUCAUGAACUGACAUUUGAUAAAGAAUUCAUGGCAGACCUUGUCAAACAGGACUACUACCGUUUCCCUUCUGUGUCCAAAUUGAAACCAGAGGACUUUGACAACGUUCAGUCUCUCCUGACAAAUAGUAUAUACUUGCAAGACUCGGAGGUUACAGUGAAAGGAUUCAGGAUAUAUGGUGCACCUUGGACACCGUGGUUUAAUGGAUGGGGCUUUAACCUACCCAGAGGUCAGUCUCUGCUGGACAAGUGGAACCUCAUCCCCGAGGGCAUUGACAUACUCAUGACACACGGACCUCCUCUAGGUUUUCGAGACUGGGUUCCAAAGGAGCUUCAGAGAGUGGGCUGUGUGGAGCUUUUAAACACAGUCCAGAGGCGUGUCCGACCUAAGCUCCAUGUCUUUGGUGGAAUUCACGAAGGUUACGGCAUCAUGACCGAUGGUUACACAACAUACAUCAAUGCCUCGACGUGUACAGUCAGUUUUCAACCCACCAACCAUCCAAUUAUAUUUGACCUUCCAAACCCACAGGGUUCCUGAAGCUCUAAUCGCCCAAUUGGAAUGUGAGGGGAGGUCUUUAAACUGCCAUUUUUCUAAUUAUAAACUUACAUCCUCUUGUU